AUGAUGCAGGCAGACGUGUGGUUCGGGACUAGUCCGACAUCCUUCGCGACUGAACUUCGCAGGAUGAGACUCUGCCAGGCACAGUCCGUGCUGAAUCCGACCCGUAGGGCCCGUGUAGCGGUGGCAUCAACACCCGGAUCCGCCCUGAUCCCAUGCAAACUGGUUGCGGGUGCUGCUCUAGCGUCGCCUCGGCUUCGGCUUCGGCUUCGGCUUGUGCUGGAUGCCCACAAUGCCUACAAUGCCCGGUCCAUGAGCUCCACAACUCGGGCUCUGAGCAUCAACGCUCGUGAGUUCCUAGCUGUGGACGACGGUGCUGGGCAGGAGCCCCUCCACAGCAACGACAGCACCGACAGCGACUGCAGCGGCAGCAUCAGUAUGCGAACCGAACAACUCCAGCUCUGGGAGCAGCAGAUUCACGCACUUGUGGUCGUGCUGAUAUCUGCCGAACAUGUCGAAGCAGGGGCCUUGAAGCAAGAGGUUUCAAGACUGCAGGGUUACGAUGAUUGGGGGUACUAUGGCAAGUGGGCUGCUGCCCUGGCACAGGUCCUGGUGAAGCAAUGCUUGAUCGACGCCGAUGCUUUGGAUAAAGCACUCGGAAGCCGGAGUCCUCACGAGAACCCGACUUUCGAAGUUGGGGAUCCUGUCUGGAUCAAGGAGAGCCCGGGAAGACCGGCAUCCCAGUGGCGUCGGCCCUUCUUGCCCGUUCCUGGCAGCGCGUCAGGACUGUGCGGAACCGUGGCAAGGCGACUAGGCUUGAGAGCAGAUGGGAGUUUCUUCGCCUUGCAGAGGGCGCUCGGGUUGGAGGUGCCAACGGAACAGUGCAUGUACCUUGUCCAUUUCGAUUCCGAGGCUUUGUCGAAGCAAGGGUUGUCGUUCUCGGGGCAGGUUGUGGCCGUUGAAGUUUUCCAAAGCUGGCUGGAGGCUGAGAAGCCCGACUUCACUUCGAAGCUACAGCCUGGGGCAGCGACAGUGAAAGCCCCAAAAGGCCCGAAGCGCAGACACAUGCGUCAAAGCUUAAAGACCCUAUCCCAGGAGAUGCAUGAUGCUGGAUUGGGCCCCUGCAAAGCUAGACCUCCUGAAGCGAAGCAUGAGCCACAUGAUGAGCGGCAUGAGGAGCCACAUGAGCACUUGCCACGAUCUGCUGUGGAGCAAGCAGCGGUGGAGAAGGAAGGCAGAGAAACGCCGGGGCAGCGCGUAACCGAGGCGCUGCUGAAGGUCCUGACCGCCCGAGGCAUCAUUGCUUUGUCGGCGAUUUCCAGGGCAAUGGAGGUCAUCGACUCUUUGGGAGUCCACCCUGUUGGACCGCGGAUUGUUGCACGUGCCUGGUACGAUGCCAACUUCAAAAGCUUGCUUCUCAAGGACGCAAACGCGGCCAUCAAAAGUAUGCUGGGCCACGAAGCGGCAAGCUCCACGUCCACAGUGAAAAUCAAAGUGGUCGAAUCGACACCUGCAGUGCACAACCUUGUUGUUUGCACGUUGUGCUCCUGCUACCCAGUCACGUUGCUCGGCUUGUCCCCAGCAUGGUACAAAUCUCGUGAAUAUCGCGAACAGGCCGUGGACAAGCCACGAGAGCUCUUGAAGUCGUUCGGCAUAGAAGUUCCACAAGAUGUGGAGCUUCGGGUACACGACUCCAACUCCGAGUUAAGGUAUUUAGUUUUGCCCCAGCGCCCUACAGGAACCGAGGGUUGGUCCGAAGAGCAGCUUGCAGCGCUGGUGACCCGUGACAGCAUGAUCGGUGUGGCGUUACCACAAGGGCCAGAACUGGAGCAAGCACCUGAGGUCUAG